AUGGUCAAUAUAUAUAUCUUGGUGGGCAGUCUGACAGCAAUAUUUGCUGAACAUUACGAUCCGGAAGAGGAUGAGGACGACGACAAUGAAAAGAUAAUUUAUCCCAAAAGUGAUGAACAGCGCCAGAGAUUGGGAGAAGCCGUUAAAAAUAUCCUACUCUUCCGCUCCUAUCUAGGGCAGACAGUGGAAGAGGGAGAGAUCGUCAUCAGACAGGGAGACGACGGCGACUACUUCUAUGUCAUCUCCGACGGAACCUUUAAGAUCGUGGUGUCUGUGGACGACGGGUCAGAGCGUGAAGUGGGAGAGUAUACGGGUUCGGGUAGUUUUGGAGAACUGGCGCUCAUGUAUAACAUGCCGCGCGCCGCUACUGUCAAAGCAAUGACUUCUGGUUCACUAUGGGCUAUGAGUCGACACACUUUCCGAAAAAUAGUUCUCAAAAGAGCUUUUAGGAAGAGAAAAGAAUACGAAGCGUUAAUCGAAAAAGUGGACUUGCUCAAAUCACUGGAACCCUACGAAAAAAUGUCAUUAAGUGACGCUCUAUUGCCGCGAAGAUUCGUCUCCGGAGACCUUAUUAUAAGACAAGACGACGAGGCGGACGGUAUGUAUUUCGUUCAGGAGGGCAUCGUUAGGAUCACCAAAAUUACUGAAGAAGGACACGAACAGGAAUUAUCGCGUUUAGAAAAAGGCGGAUAUUUUGGUGAAUUAGCACUUAUUACACACCGGCCCAGAGCUGCAUCAGCCUAUGCUCUAAGUGCUGAAGUGAAGUUGGCCUCUAAUACCUGUCCAUAUGUCCUGGACGUGCAUGCAUUUGAGCGUCUGUUGGGUCCGGUGAUGGACAUAAUGAAGAGGAACUUUAACCACUAUGAGGACCAAUUGGUCAAAAUAUUUGGGUCCAAAUCAAAUGUGGCCGACUUGCGAUGACUGCACGUGUGAGCCGUUGAUGGUAGGGAUUGUGAGGGAAUCCCUUUGGUGGUGGACAGUGGGACACUGGUCUCGAUGGCAGACUUAUUGCACAAUUAAUUGAAUUCUUCCCCUAAUUUGAGAUAAUUUCCAGUUAAAGGUGUUUUGCAG